AUGGUUCAUCAACUCCGAAGAAGAAGAAGAGGAGAUUCGAAAAAGAGGAUGGUUGGCCAGAAACCGGUCGUACUAGAGGAGGAGAUCUUGGACUUGGUGGUUGGGCGUAAGGGAAUGGAAAAGGGUAGGAUAUUGGAGUCGGAAGCUUCUGUCUCGCAGAAACCUUCUACAUGCAAGAAGAGAGAGAUUGGCAUUCCGGGAGUAAAUUUGAGGAGAGCUGCAAUUGGGACUCGAAUUUUGAGAGUACUGGAGGCUGAUAAUGGGAAGAGAGCUGACCAGCUUACCUUUAAAUUGAGGGAGUUGCUAGGAGACGAAGUGGAGAACUCAAGACUCGCUAAAAGCAUUGAUAUGCGUAUAACGGCGCUUGAUGAUUCUGUUGAAGUGGAAAAUUUGCGAGAGGCGGUGGCUGCGUAG